GUGAGCGUCGGGUCUGGUGGGCGGGACAAUCGCUGUGUUGCGCGUCUGUGGAGCCGAGAGGGGGAAAAAGGCAGGACGGAGUUUUUGUUUCGAUUUCUCUCAUUUUUUAAUAUCCCGGCUCGUCCCAUCCGUUCAGUAAAACAGGUAAUUCCACCGUCUGCAGCUCAAUGGGAAAGGUGUAGCCAUGUUCAGCUUUGAGGGAGAUUUCAAGAGGACCCCUAAAGUGUCCCUUGGGGGGGCCAGUAGAAAGGAGGAAAAGGCGUCUCUUCUUCAUCGGACCCAGGAGGAAAGAAGAAAGCGAGAGGAUGAGAGAAAAAGGCUGAAAAAUGCAAUAAUCAUCCAGUCCUACAUAAGAGGAUUCCACGAAAGAAAACGUCAACACGCCGUUCAGAGGAGCCACUUUGACCGCUGUGUGAGUCAGGCCCAGUCUGCCUCCGGCCCCGCGCUCACGGACAGCGCCACCCUCAGCCUGCUGGUGCGACAGCUGCUCUUCUUCUACCGCCACAGUGAGGACACACAGAGACUGAUCUGGCUCUGUCAGAGUGUGGUGAAGCACCACGCUCAGUUUGUGAAGCUGCUGGCUGGACCGGAGAGACCCACGUGCAUGUUCCAGAUCAAGAGGCUUCUGGGUCACUGCUGCAGGUUGCUGCAGUUGUGUGAGGAUGAGGGCAUGAAUGUGGCCGUUCCCAUGCGGAUGGUGGAGGUUUUCUCUUCUGAGAAAACGUACCUGCCAGUUCUCCAGGACCCCAACACAGCCACUGCACUUACCGAGCAGAUUUUGCACUAUAUGGUACAGAAAGGAUACUACAGGUCUCUGUAUGUGUUGGUGAAUCAUAAGCUGCCGUCGAGUCUGGAGUUCAGCGACGCUCCCUCUGUUCCUUUGGCUCACACACUGCUAGAGCACACACUCAAACCCCUGCACUUUACGUACAGCUCCUGCUCUGAGGGCGCCAGGCAAUUUGUGUUCUCAGCCUUCACUGAGGAGUUCAUCUCUCCUCCCUUCACCGAGCAAGUGUUUCAUUUCUUCGUGCCGGCUCUGGCGGACCCCCGGCUGGCCUUCCCCUUUCAAGACUUCCUGUGGUCCCUGCAGGCCACCAUAGCCUCCUCUGCAGUGGCCCAGGCUCAGGCGCCCUGGCUCUUUUAUUUUGUGCUGUCAGUUGGAGAAGCAGGUCUAGGGUCUCUCUCGGAGGAAGGCCUGCUGCUGUAUCUGAGCACUUUGCAGACUCUGCUGCCACUGCUGCCGGUGACCGAGAGCCACAGCAAGGCAGAAGUCAACAGCGACUCGGAGGAUGAGGACAAUAACACGAUACACCACCCUUCUAGAAAGGAUGAAGGGAGGAUCUCAGUGCAGUUGAUUACGGAACUGUGUGUGCAGAAGCUGGACACUAAGCAGCAGACGAACGCUCUGCUGGCGCUGGUGUGGAGGGACUCGGCCAGCGAAGAUGUCUUCACCAUGAUGGCCUCCAUCUGCCACACGCUGAUGGUGCAGCAUCGCAUGAUGGUGCCUAAAGUCAGGCUCCUGUACAGCUUGGCCUUCAAUGCACGCUUUCUUAGACACUUGUGGCACUUAAUAACGUCCAUGAGGACCAAAAUGAUCACAGGGUCUCUUGUGCCUCUGCUUCAGCUGAUGUCCCGCGGAUCCCCCAUGUCUCCUGAAGACUCCAACAGGAUCAUCCCGCUCUUCUACCUGUUCAGCUCCCUGUUCAGCCACUCCCUCAUUUCCAUCCAUGACACAGAGUUCUUUGGAGGCUCCAUGGACGGUCAGAGGGAGCCGUCAAUGAUGCCCUUCUCUCUUUCGGAGCUGGUGACGCUGUCUCGGUGUCUGCGGGAUGCCUGUCUGGGCAUUAUCAAGCUGGCCUAUCCCGAAACCAAGAGCGAGCACAGAGAGGAGUAUGCAGCCGCCUUUCGCAGUGUCGGGGUCAAAACCAACAGCCAGGUCCAGCAGCACAUUCAGGCCCAGCAGAAACGCUGGGUCCAGCUUUUUAAGGUCAUCACAAACCUGGUGAAGAUGUUAAAAGCACGAGACAUCAGAAGGCCCUUCUGCCCAGGGGGUCACUGGCUGUCCGAAGAGGUCAACAUCAGGGCUGAUAAGGUGACCCAGCUCUACGUCCCCUCUGCUAGACAUGUGUGGAGAACCAGGCGGAUGGGUCGGAUCGGACCUCUUCAGUCCACGCUAGAUGUUGGGCUGGAGCCUCCACCACUGUCUGUAUCAGAAGAGAGACACCUGGCCAUUCUCACAGAGCUGCCUUUCGUCGUGCCCUUCGAGGAGAGAGUAAAGAUCUUCCAGAGGCUGAUCUACGCUGAUAAGCGCGACGUGCAGGGAGACGGCCCUUUCUUGGACGGCAUCAACAUCACCAUUCGGCGGAACUAUAUAUACGAGGACGCCUACGACAAACUGUCUCCAGAAAAUGAGCCGGAUCUGAAGAAGCGGAUCCGCGUUCACCUCCUCAACGCUCACGGCCUGGACGAAGCAGGUAUUGAUGGCGGUGGGAUAUUUCGGGAGUUUCUGAGUGAGCUGUUGAAGUCAGGCUUCAACCCCAACCAGGGCUUCUUCAGAACCACCAACGAGGGGCUGCUGUACCCCAGUCCUACGGCCGAGAUGCUCAUCGGAGAGAGCUUUACUCGACACUACUACUUCUUGGGCCGGAUACUGGGCAAGGCUCUGUAUGAGAAUAUGUUAGUGGAGCUUCCGUUUGCCAGUUUCUUCCUGUCAAAACUGCUGGGUACCAGUGCGGAUGUGGACAUCCACCACCUGGCAUCUCUGGACCCGGAGAUGUACCGGAACCUUCUGUUCCUCAAGAGCUACGAGGGCGACGUGGAGGACUUGGGGCUGAACUUCACCAUCGUCAACAACGACCUGGGAGAAGCUCAGGUGGUUGAACUGAAGCCAGGAGGAAAGGACAUCCCGGUUACCACAGCGAACCGGAUUGCCUACAUCCAUUUAGUGGCCGAUUACCGUCUAAACAAACAGAUCCGGGCGCACUGCCUCGCCUUCAGACAGGGACUGGCCAACGUGGUCAACCUGGAGUGGCUGCGCAUGUUUGACCAGCAGGAGAUACAGGUGUUGAUCUCUGGUGCCCAUAUACCUGUCUGUCUGGAUGACCUGAAGAAGUUCACCAACUACUCAGGCGGCUAUUCGGCCACUCACCCAGUAAUAAAGAUCUUCUGGGAUGUUGUGGAGAACUUCGGUGAGGACGAGAAGCGCAAACUGCUCAAGUUUGUCACCAGCUGUUCACGCCCUCCGUUACUGGGUUUCAAAGAGCUGUACCCAGCCUUCUGCAUCCACAACGGGGGAAGCGAUCUGGAGCGCCUCCCCACCGCUAGCACUUGCAUGAAUCUCCUCAAGCUGCCGGAGUUUUGCGACGAAGAGCUGAUGAGGAGCAAACUCCUCUACGCCAUCGAGUCCUCCUCGGGCUUCGAGCUCAGCUGAGACGUGAUUGUCUUGCGCUGCUGGAGAGGUGAAGCGUUGUUGCCAGGGCAGUGGGGGAAGGGGCAGGCUUUGGUCUGCAUUGAUUCUCCAGGAAUAGAAAUGUGUAAAACAAAAGAGAGACAUUAAGAGCAAAUAUGCCUCGAGUGGAACCUCUGACGUUUUGAAGUAGGAGGAUGCUCGGACACUCGUACCGGAAGCGUUUGGGUGGGGACAGUGUGACAUCAACUGUUUCGAAAUUUUAACCGGACUGAAUUUGGAUCAGCAUCAGUGGAUUAAAAGCUGCAUCAGUGGAAGCGAUUCUACUGCGUAAAACCCUCAGUGAGAAACACCAGACAUCACAGACACAGCAGUGCAAUCUAAUAACAUGCGAUGCAUAAUUCACCAAAGAUUUUUGGCUAUUUUCAAGUUUUGCAGUGCUAAUUUGGAUGUUUGAGCAGAGACGAACAAGCUAAAAAGUUAUGCGCUCUCGGUCACGACUGUGCGGAAGAUGUAGCUUUGCUAAGGAAGACACUGAGGUUAGCUGUACUAACACAAGGACUUGCUAGAACAUUAGAACCUCUCUAAUACAACGUCAUACUAAAACGUGAGCCUUUAACGCAAGCAGAUAUUCAAGUUUUGGCUUUGCUAGACGAUCUGACCGCUAAACACUUCAGCUGUGCUUAUAUGAGCCUUUUAUACAGGUCUGUUACCACUUAGGCUAUGCCGACGUUUUAGCUAUGCUGGUUUUCGUGAUUUAUACAGUAGCUAAAAGAGUCAUUUUUCAGAAUUGAGUUCAAAUGCUACGCGAGAAAAUAUUCGGAAUUGCGCAAUAUUUUCCACCUUCAUGGUUUUGGAAGGCGACCGGUGUUCAGAUGGGUACGUUUUCAUGUAUUAGAGGGUAGCCGCUUUUUAUUUGGGGAAUUCAGCCAGCAGUGAAAGACAAACGGUGCCGUGCAAAACUGUCAAACUUCAUUUAUGUAGUUUCCAGUCAAUGCGGCCAAGUUUUCAGCGCCACGCAAUUAAGCAGGAAACAUUUAACAGAAGCCUCAAUAACUAAUGUAAUAUCAAGUCUUUCGGUGUUUACUGUGUCCAUUCUUUAUUACAGCUUACAGCUAAGAGGCUUUCGUUUUUUCAGAGGAAUCUUCACACACUUCUGAAGUUCAGUCUUAGAGGUUGGUUGCACUUUCUGCUUCUCACAAUCCAUUAUUCUAAAACACUUGCUGGUUUUGAGGUCUAGACCUCGACCUGGCCAGCCCGAUCUUCUGAGAACACCAGCAGCUUCUUUGUUUGACGUGUCCGUCUCCUUUUCUCAGUGAGGUUCUUCUUGAUCAGCGACACUUUCAGACCCACAGCGCUGAGUGGUCUUCUCACAGUGGAAGGGUGUACAGAAACCCCUCCUUAUGUUUUCAGAUCUGAAGCAGCUUGAUUUUCUGUGCUGUUUAUCUGAUGGGGGCAGUUUGGGGGUCGACCAGGUCUUCCAGGUGGUUGUUAGGAGCCCCGUUAUCUCUGUAGCUUUUAACUUCUUCACAGAAAUAUCCAGAAAAUUUGCCUUUUUGACUGCAAACUAAGUAAAUGAAGGGUGAUCUCUGACUUUUGCACAGCAUUGAAUAUUUUUUAGAGGAAACACGAAGACUUAAAAAAGGUUACAGGGAGUAAUAAGUGUGGUUAAAAAAUGAUACCCAAGAAAAUUCUUUGGAUUCCUCCGAUCGAAGUAGACCGACGCAUUUGGAGAGCGCUGUUAAAUGUUAGUACACAGUUUCAUGAGUGUGUGGUUUUCUCUACAUGAACAUCAGACCGUCAUGUAAAACGGGACGACUGCAUACGGACGGACUCUGAAAGAGGCGUUUGAGCUCAGCCUGUUCGUGUUCGUUUUGUGUACUCAACAAAUGAAACGCGUCACUGGUUGAGCCUUAGCACUGAAACUGAAACAAUGUGCAAUAACGUACGCAAUCAUGAGCUCGAAGGCCGUCUGAAAACGUCAAACUUAAUCUCUAUAUUCUGUUUUUUUUUUGCCCGUUUUUCUUUAAAAUAUAUAGCUGUUUGUGUAUAAACGAUAAAGCAAUGUGAACUCUUGUUCCCAGGCUCCAGCAUGUGCCUAUUCAUGCUAUUCAUUGCAAUAGCACUUCAUUUUUUCUAUGUUUUCUGUCCACUCUUGAAUGCUAAGCAAUUCGUGCGGCUGCUGCUCCCGUUGCAUCGCCCCUUGCUGGAGACCUGACCGCAAUGGACAUGUGAAUAUGUACAUGUGGACAGCUUUGAAUAUGUGGUGUUCUUUCCCGCUGUGUUUUGUACAGGUUUCUUCAUCCUUCCUCAAAUCAGAUAGCCUACCAACUUUAAAACUUCAGUCAGCAGUUUCCAAGGAUACUCAUUAAAGGUGCAGUCAGCAGUGUGAGCCUAAAUCUCCCAGCAUUUUCAUUAAAGGUGGGAUCAGAAGUGCCAUCCUGCACCACCCAGAUUUCAUAUUAAAGGUGCAAUUAGACAUAAGAUCCUACGUCUCCUUGCGUUCACCAUUAAGGGUACCUUCAAGAUUAUGAUCCUACUUGUCCGGCGUCUGCAUUGAAGGUGGUAUCAUCAGUUUGAGUCGAACAUGCUCAUUAAAGAUGCAGUCAACAGCAUGAAUCUACAUCGCCCCAUAUCUUCAUUAAAGGUUGAAUCAGUAGUUUGAUCCUACAUCUCAAAGAAUCCUAAUCAAAGGUGCAAUCAGUUGUUUGAUCCUGCAUAUCAUAGAAUCGUCAUUAAAGGUGGAAUCAGUAGUUUGAUAAUGCGUAUCAUAGAAUCCUCAUUAAAGGUGGAAUCAGUAGUUUGAUCCCGCAUCUCAUAGAAUCCUCAUUAAAGGUGGAAUCAGUAGUUUGAGCCAACAUCCCCCAACAUGUUCAUUAAAGAAGCAGUCAGCAAUGUAAGUCUGCAUGUCCCCCGUAUCUUCAUCAAAGGUGGAAUCAGUAGUUUGAGCUUGCAUCUCUCAGAAUCCUCAUUAAAGGUGGAGUCAACAGUAUGAUUCCUCAUCGUUGCAUCCUCAUUAAAGGCGCAGUCAGCAGCCCUCCUUAAAAUCCUGAUCAAAAAAGCCACAACGCAGCCUGAACCUGAACCACAUGCCCGACUGUUUACAACCCCAGUGUUGAGCGUAUUGUUUGAGAAUCGUGCUGAAACUCGAAACAUCCCACAUGUCCUGGAUGAUCGCCUAACACAACUUUCUUGUCCUGAACCCACAGACAAAAAAAAAAAUCUAUGUAUGAAAUUGUAUGAAAAAUAAUUAAAUAUGUUUUUUUUGGAUUUUA